CAGAAAGAACAGUAAAAAUGCAGGCAGGGCGCCGGACAAAGCACUCGGGAACAAAAUUGAAUUUAGUGAAUGUCACUUUUUGUCAUUUUCAAAUUUCCCACCGUUCCGUCCCCGUAUGUCCUGAUGCUCGCAGGUGAACCCAGAAGACAGAUGUCGGCAUCCACCGGAGGACAUUGCCGGGGACACUGCAGGAGGGAUAUCGCGGGAGCACAGGACAAGGUAAGUGAUCAAGGGAUCCCGGAGAAGCGCCACAUGGUAAGCGCGAGUGUAGCUCAGGGUUACCACUUGUGGUACUGAAA